AUGGAUAAUUUAUCUAAUUUGAAAUGUUUUUCAUUGAAAUGUUAUCUUCAACUUGAUAUAUAUGAUGAGAAAAUUCUACCGCUUCUUCAUCGUAUGACAUAUCUGGAAAAAUUAACUUUAUAUCUUUCUAUAAAAAAUCGAAAUACAUUUAUUGAUAGUUCUCAUCUUCAAAAUGAAAUUCUUCUUUAUAUGUCAUGUCUUCAUUCAUUUACUUUUUAUAUUCGUACUUAUGAUCAUGCUGCUGAUUUAUUUCGUUAUGUGCCUAGACAAGAUAUUCAACGAAUUACUACAAAUAUUGGACACCAACAAUAUAUGGCUAAUAUCAUAAAUUAUAUCAGUAGUCAUGAAGCUGUAUGUUCUAUCUUCUCACUUCCUUUUACAUUUGAUCGGACUCGAGCUGUUGGAAACAUAUUUCCAGAUAUUGUAUUCAAGUAUGUUACGGCUUUGGUGUUACAUGAUAUAGUUCCAUUCAAUCAUGAAUUCUUUCUUCGAAUUUCUCGAUGUUUUCCAUUAGUGCAGAAACUUAAUGUUAUAAAUCUUAUAUUAGAAUCAUCGUGCGAUAUUAACUCAUUUUUAUCUAACGAUAGUCAAUCAUGUUCAAUCGCUAAAUAUCCUCAUCUUACUAGACUUGACAUCAUGCGGGGAAACAUUAACAAUAUUGAAGAAUUUUUAAAUGAAACGAAAACAUCUGUACCAUGUCUAACCAAAUUAGUGAUUAAAUAUAAUGAAUUGAGAAUUGUGACAAAAAACUUUACAAGAGAAGAAACACGACACAAUUGUACGAAGAUAAGAGAACUUUUACUGUUCAACAUGUCGAUACAAACGAAAGAUUAUUAUCAUUAUUUUCCUUCAUUAUGA